AUGGACCUGGGUGAAAGCGAUGAGGACACCUGGGACAUCACCUUCUCGGACGAGCACAUCCGUGCGAUCUGCGCCAACGCCGUUGCUGAGCAGCUCAAGGACUUCAAGAAGGAGGUGGACUCGGAGUCGGUCGCCACGGAGUCGAAGACGAUCGCCGACUCUUUCAAGACUAAUGUCGGCAAGUGUUUCUCUCAGUGCCAGAGGGGCCUCGAGGAGCUGCCGCGCAAGCUGGACAAGCAGAUCCAGGACACGCUCUCAACCUUCGCUUGGACGAACUACGGCGGCGUGGACACGAAGGUUGGGACUCACACAAAAGAUAUUCAGGAGCUCAAGGAUGCAGUCAAGCAGUUGCAGGCGGAGCUGGCCGUGGCGAACCGGCGUCCGUCUAAACUUGUGGUGUUCUCGUCUGCCUUCGAGCGGGAGGUGGACUACUCGGUCAUCAGGUUCAAUGCGGGCAAGCUGGUGUCGAAGGCCAAGGUGCAGGAGGCGCUGCAACCGUGUCUGGAAGUCGACGCAGGUUUCGCUGCUGGCUGGUGGUCGAUUGAAUGCCGUGAUGUCCUGUCGCGUGUUUUCGCUGCUCGUGUCGUUGAGGGUGAAGGCUUGGCUGCUCGUCGUGCGGCAAAGGCGCUCUCCAUGCUCAGGGUGGACGGGCAGUGGCGACAGUUCGAUAUCGAGGCACGCAGCGGCGGGGGCACGACCAAGCUGCGCGCCAGCGCGGACAAGAACCCGCGCACCAUCAAGCUGGAGAUCACGGGCCGCAAGGUCAAAGGCUUGCUCACCACCUUCCUGGGCAACUCGUAUCGUCUCUUCUUCGGCCGCGAAAGGGGCUGGCUGUCUGUGGGAUGGGACCCACUUCUCAAGCUGGACGUGUUCGAGGGGCGCACCCCGACGGAGGUCAAGUGGAAAGUUGCCACGAUCAACAAGCUGGGCCUCGACAAGGACCGCCUCGCUGAGGCGAUCAGCAGCGCUGCGGAGCUUGAUCAGGAGCCGCAGCG